AUGAUUAUCCCUAUUAGAUGCUUCUCGUGCGGUAAAGUGGUCGGAGAUAAAUGGGAAACAUAUUUAGAAUACUUGCAAGACGAUUCCAUGACUGAAGGUGACGCCUUGGACAAGUUGAAGUUGAAGAGAUACUGUUGUAGACGGAUGGUGUUGACACAUGUGGAUUUGAUUGAGAAAUUUUUACGUUAUAAUCCUUUGGAAAAGAAGUCGUCAUAG